AUCCUUUCACAAAAAUCCCUGAACUUACACAAUCCUUUCACUAAUGAGCCAUUAGCCCGUUUCUAGGUUAACUUCCGGUCAUUAGGGCCAAAUUCGAAUUUUAUAUAUUUUAAAAUUUUCAAUUUGACCCCAUUUCUUCUUUUCUUUUUCUUCCAGGCCCCGCCGCCGCCGCCCGCCGGUCAAAAUCGCCGGAAAAUGAACUGUUUCCGAUUCCGGCGGGACCAAUGUCAUUCUCUUCGUCUUGAGACGAGGAUCAAUAAUAUCCAAACCAUUUUGUCUAAUUUUGCCUGUAACUUCUCGAAUCUGAAUUUUUCUACUCGAAAAAACCCUAAAAUCGAAAUUGGGUCCAAAAUGGGGGGUUUUGCAAAUCGUCAUCAAAUCUUGCAAUUGAGGGGUCCUUGGAGGUCGCCCGGAUGCCACGACCACAUUGGAGUUGGUGCCCGCCGUCAAUUUCGCCGGAGUUGGCCGGAAAACGCUCCGACCCGCCGGCGGUUUCCAGCUAAAGUUCAGAAGCUACCCAUAUUUGCUUCAAUGAAUCAAUUUGGUUCUUGAAGAGUGAUUUUUAUAUUCUAGAGAUUUUAGGAGGGUAUUUAUCAAUUAUGAGUUUCUUUCUUUUGUUUAGGGCCUAUUUGAAUUAAAGAAAAUUUAUGCUCCCUAAUUAAUUUGCACAAAGGCUGUUUAGAUUUCUUCGAUUUAUCCCAGUUCACAUUCAUCCGCAGACCUCAGCUUCGUCCAAUGGGUGUUCUUCGGAUCUUAGAAUGAUAUCAAACGCUUUCAAUCUUCACGUUAGCACUGUUCACUCUACUCACUGCCUGGUUUGUGCCUCAAUAACUCUCUUCACACUCUUAUGCCUUUCAUCACAGACUUGACAUCCCACAACCAAGUCACUUUUUAAAUUAUCAAUUGUUCUUGUUUUUCUCAAUCUAUUUCCAUAGCCUUAAAUUCACUUAUAUUAUAGGUCAAUUGGUGUUUAAUUAACUGUGUAUUUCACUCCCUUAUAGACAAAUAUCCUUUUUAAUGCUACUACAAGAAUACAUUUACUAAGGUUUU